AAAGUUAUUUAAACCCUUCAAUUUUUUAAAAAUGUACAAUUAUAUUACACCUUCUAAAGUUGUUUGUAAGUGUUUUUGAAAAAUGUUGCAGUUUUUACUCUUAGCAACUGUAUUUCUAUGUACGACUGAAGCAUGGAAUAAAGACAUGGAAAAUCCAAAUCUUUAUCAAGGAGACAUUCAGCUAACACCCCAAGAAGAGGAACGGCUCAAAAAUAAAAUGAGUCCCUUUGGAUCAAUUAAAGAUAAAAGAUGGACAAACAAAAUAAUUCCGUUUGUAAUUGACAACACUUUAAAUCAGACAACCCGCCAAGCAAUCAAUGAUGCUAUUGCUGACUAUCACACCUACACUUGUCUGAGAUUUGUUCCUCGAAUCAACCAACCAAACUACAUUCGAUUUACCAAUGGUAACGGAUGCAGUUCACCUGUUGGAAUGAGCGGCGGAGUUAACGUUGUUACACUUGGUAAAGGAUGUGGGGAUAAAGGAACUGCUUUGCAUGAGAUUGGUCAUAGUGUUGGACUACAUCAUGAACAGUCGCGUCCAGACAGAGGAAGAUAUGUCAAUAUAAAUUUAAACAACUUAGACCCAAAAUAUAAUGCAGCUUUCAACUUUGAUAUUUCCCGAGAAAUUGAUUCUUUAAAUACAGAAUACGAUUUACGUUCAAUGAUGCAUUAUAGCUCAGAAGCAUUUGCUAAACCAGGUUUGAAGACCAUAACAACAGUAGAUCCCAAAAAUAUGAAAUAUAUCGAAACAUAUAACCAAAUUAUUGGUUUCAGUGUUGUUGAUGUUCAACAAAUUAGACUGAUGUACUCUUGCCCAGCAGGCGGACCACUUCCUAACAACUGCAUUGAUAAAGAUAAGACAGCAGACUGUGCUGGUUGGCAAAAAGCAGGAUAUUGCAAUACAAACAAACCCUAUAUGUAUUUUAACUGUCGCAAAACGUGUAACGUUUGUUAAAAAAAAAUUUCUUAUCUAAAA